AUGAAGAUUGCGGCGGUGGUGGCGAUCCUCUUGGUGUGGACAUCAUGCACUGAACCAUCUUGUUUUGCAAACGGCCUGAUAAACACGGGCGAGCGCGGUCCACUUAACUUCGACUUCGUCGAAAGCUUUGUCUUGGCGUCGCCCGUGGCACACGUCCAUCGAUACACCGCCGCGUCGUACGCAGCAAACAACCCAAACGAAGAUCGAUACGUAGUGCAAGUGGACUUCGACGCAGUGUUCGCGUCCGUCUUGGACGGACACGGGGGAUGGCAGGUGGCCGAUUACGUGAAAAAGCACUUGGUCAACAACGCCGCCACGCUGCUUCGAGAUGCUGCUUUCAACAACCCUGCUGCUUCCAACGACCCCACCCACAUCGCGUCGUUGUUGUCGAGUGCGUUCGUGGCUACCGACAACGCGCUGAGCGCCCUCCUGCUUCCAUCCUAUCAGGUGGGAUUCGGGCUAGUGAACCGCGUGGGUGCGUGCUCGAUGCUGGCGUAUGCAAAAGGAGACACUUUGGUCGUGGCCAACGCCGGCGACGUAAGGGCUGUGCUGGCGUCGACCAAUGCCUCGGGGGGGCUGGUGGCAACACCCCUGAGCACCGACCACAACGCCAAGCACGAGUCCGAACAAGCUCGGUUGGUCGCAGCCCAUCCAAAUGAGUCCGACGUGUUCGUGUGCCAUUUGCCCGAGUCGUGCUACGUCAAAGGCAUCGUGCAGCCCACUCGGUAA